AUGCACGUCAUUUCUCGUUCACAGUUCCAUCAAAAAUUAAAGACGCCUCCUUCACCUUUGCCAGACGAAGACUGCCAACCAUCCACUAGUCACAGCGCUGAUCCGAGCGAUGAGAUCGCCCCUCACAGCUCACUCAGCUCAGCAUCGUCAGCAUUUACACUGAUUCGUGGAAGUUCUGAAUCAUCGUCAACUACACCACGAAUACAUUCUGACUCUUCAGUAGUAUCUGAUGAGACUGUACUAGAGAUGGACACAAACAGGUUAUCUCAAAUUGAGGAUUCAGCUGACAGCACUCCCGAAAGCAGUACUUCGAGUAUUGCCAACACCGAUUUUAAGCGAUAUCUGAAAGAGGGCACAGAUUGGCCAUUAAGCGAGGCCAGCACUAGUUCAGCACCUCCAACUAUCAAUAGAGAUACCUUCAAUGCCAAACAAGCCCUACGAAAUGCCUUGGAACGCAAAGUACUCUUAAAAGAGAUAAGGAAUAAAGAUGCAAGAGAUAACCGGCGACUGAGAACGAAAGAUCGCGGUAGACUCUUGAGUGACAUUCCCGCAGACGAAAGAAAGAACUCAGAGCGACGGCAAAGCUUAAAUCAUAAAGGGAAACUGAGAGCACGGCCCAUGUCACGACGAGAAAGUCGGGAAGCCUACCGGAUACGGCGGCGACAUCCAAGUGGAGAUGUUCGAAAAUCCACAGAUUAA